AGGCGGCCGAAGACCCGGCGGCAGGUGCCUGCCCCCGCUGCGAUACCUCUCUCUCCCCCCAGCUCCACCCACUUUGGCCCGGACCCAGCCUCCAAGGGCUAAAAAUAUUGCCCGGAGGCUCCUGAGCAGAGUCAGAUCGCGCUAAGUAGGGCACGACGCGCGCAGAGGCGACAGAGCUCCUCGGCUCCAGGGCCCGAGGAAUACUGGAGCGGCGGCUCCCUCCCGUGCUCGGCCCAGCAGCUAGCGGCCUCCCUCCACCGAGCAGGUCUGUGUGGAGGCCAGUAUGAAGCUGAAAAAGCAGGUGACAGUGUGUGGGGCUGCUAUCUUCUGUGUGGCUGUCUUCUCGCUCUAUCUCAUGCUGGACCGAGUGCAGCAUGAUCCUACCCGACACCAGAAUGGUGGGAACUUCCCCCGGAGCCAAAUUUCUGUGCUGCAGAACCGCAUUGAGCAGCUGGAGCAGCUGUUGGAGGAGAACCAUGAGAUCAUCAGCCACAUCAAGGACUCUGUGCUGGAGCUGACAGCCAAUGCAGAGGGCCCGCCCGCCCUGCUGCCCUACUACACGGCCAAUGGCUCCUGGGUGGUGCCACCAGAACCCCGGCCCAGCUUCUUCUCCAUCUCUCCUCAAGACUGCCAGUUUGCUUUGGGGGGCCGGGGCCAGAAGCCAGAGCUGCAGAUGCUGACUGUAUCGGAGGAGUUGCCGUUUGACAAUGUGGACGGUGGUGUGUGGAAGCAAGGCUUUGACAUCUCCUACAGCCCACACGACUGGGAUGCUGAAGAUCUGCAGGUGUUUGUGGUGCCCCACUCUCACAAUGACCCAGGCUGGAUCAAGACCUUUGACAAGUACUACACAGAGCAGACCCAGCACAUCCUCAACAGCAUGGUGUCCAAACUGCAGGAGGACCCCCGGCGGCGCUUUCUCUGGGCGGAAGUCUCCUUCUUUGCCAAGUGGUGGGACAACAUCAAUGCCCAAAAGAGAGCAACAGUCCGAAGGCUGGUGGGAAACGGGCAGCUGGAGAUUGCGACGGGAGGCUGGGUAAUGCCGGAUGAGGCCAACUCCCAUUACUUUGCACUGAUUGACCAGCUCAUCGAGGGACACCAGUGGCUGGAGAGAAACCUCGGUGCAGCCCCACGCUCUGGCUGGGCGGUAGACCCCUUUGGACACAGCCCCACCAUGCCUUACCUGCUGCGCCGUGCCAACCUGACCAGCAUGCUGAUUCAGAGGGUGCAUUAUGCCAUCAAGAAGCACUUUGCUGCCACGCACAGCCUGGAGUUCAUGUGGAGGCAGACUUGGGACUCAGACUCCAGCACAGACAUCUUCUGCCACAUGAUGCCCUUCUACAGCUAUGACGUCCCCCAUACCUGUGGCCCGGAUCCCAAGAUCUGCUGCCAGUUUGAUUUCAAACGUCUGCCUGGUGGGCGCAUCAACUGCCCGUGGAAGGUGCCGCCCCGGGCCAUCACAGAGGCCAAUGUGGCUGAGAGAGCAGCCCUGCUCCUGGACCAGUACCGGAAGAAGUCCCGGCUGUUCCGAAGCAACGUCCUCCUGGUGCCACUUGGCGAUGACUUCCGAUAUGACAAGCCCCAGGAGUGGGAUGCCCAGUUCUUCAACUACCAGCGGCUCUUUGACUUCCUGAACAGCAAGCCUGACCUCCAUGUGCAGGCCCAGUUUGGCACCCUCUCUGACUAUUUUGACGCUCUGUACAAGAGGACAGGGGUGGAGCCGGGGGCCCGGCCUCCAGGGUUUCCUGUGCUGAGUGGGGACUUCUUCUCCUACGCGGACCGAGAGGACCAUUACUGGACGGGCUAUUACACUUCCCGGCCAUUCUACAAGAACUUGGACCGUGUCUUGGAAGCCCAUCUGCGGGGGGCAGAGAUUCUGUAUAGCCUGGCUGUCACUCACGCUCGCCGCUCUGGACUGGCUAGCCAGUACCCGCUCUCAAACUUUGCCCUUCUGACGGAAGCUCGGCGCACACUGGGGCUCUUCCAGCACCACGAUGCCAUCACUGGCACUGCCAAGGAGGCAGUUGUGGUGGACUAUGGGGUCAGGCUUCUGCGCUCCCUUGUCAACCUGAAGCAAGUCAUCAUUAAUGCAGCUCACUAUCUGGUGCUGGGGGACAAGGAGACCUACCGCUUUGACCCUGAGGCGCCCUUCCUCCAAAUGGAUGACACCCGCUUAAAUCACGAUGCCCUGCCAGAGCGCACAGUGAUCCAGCUGGAUUCCUCACCCAGGUAUGUGGUGCUGUUCAACCCGCUGGAACAGGAGCGGCUCAGCUUGGUAUCCCUGCUGGUCAGCUCACCCCGGGUGCGUGUCCUUUCGGAGGAGGGUCAGCCCCUGGCUGUGCAGAUCAGCGCACACUGGAGCUCUGCCACUGACAUGGUCCCCGACGUCUGCCAGGUGUCUUUGCCUGUCCGCCUGCCGGCCCUGGGCCUCGGCGUGUUGCAGCUGCAGCUGGGCCUGGAUGGGCACCGCACCCUGCCCUCCUCCGUGCGUGUCUACCUGCAUGGCCGGCAGCUGUCUGUCAGCAGGCACGAAGCGUUCCCUCUACGCGUCAUUGACUCGGGUACCAGCGACUUCGCCCUCAGCAACCGCUACAUGCAGGUCUGGUUCUCAGGCCUUACUGGGCUCCUCAAGAGCAUCCGAAGGGUGGACGAGGAGCAGGAGCAGCGGGUGGACGUGGAGUUCCUCAUCUAUGGCACCCGCACGUCCAAAGACAAGAGUGGAGCCUACCUCUUCCUGCCUGACGGCGAGGCCCAGCCCUAUGUCCCCAAGGAUCCUCCCGUGCUGCGUGUCACCGAAGGCCCUUUCUUCUCAGAAGUGGUUGCGUACUACGAGCACGUUCACCAGAUGGUCCGGCUCUAUAAUCUGCCAGGGGUGGAGGGGCUGUCUCUGGACGUGUCAUCCCUGGUGGACAUCCGGGACUACGUCAACAAGGAGCUGGCCCUGCGCAUCCACACAGACAUUGUCAGCCAGGGCACCUUCUUCACGGACCUCAAUGGCUUUCAGGUGCAGUCCCGGCGGUAUCUAAAGAAGCUGCCCCUGCAGGCCAACUUCUACCCCAUGCCAGUCAUGGCCUACAUCCAGGACGCACAGAACCGCCUCACGCUGCAUACUGCCCAGGCCCUGGGUGUCUCCAGCCUCCAUGAUGGCCAGCUGGAGGUGAUCUUGGACCGGCGGCUAAUGCAGGAUGACAACCGGGGCCUCGGCCAAGGUCUCAAGGACAACAAGAGAACUCACAACCGUUUCCGCCUCCUGUUGGAACGGCGAACCCUGAGCAGUGAGCCUGGCUUUUUCUCCAAACUGGCAGCCAUGUUGAGGGGCUUGAUCUUUCACAGCAGCGGGAGCAAUAACCGGGAGGUCCAAGAUGGCCGCUCCACCAGCUACCCGUCCCUCCUCAGCCACUUGACCUCCAUGUACCUGAAUACUCCAGCGCUUGCCAUGCCUGUAGCCAAGAGGCAGCUCCCAGCCGCUGGCCUGCGCUCAUUUCACCCUCUGGCUUCCUCACUGCCAUGUGACUUCCAUCUGCUCAACCUGCGGACACUCCAGGCCGAGGAGGAUGCCUUGCCCUCGGCAGAAACUGCACUGAUCUUACACCGCAAGGGUUUUGACUGUGGCCUUGAGGCCAAGAACUUGGGCUUCAACUGUACCACAAGCCAAGGCAAGGUGGCCCUGGGGAGCCUUUUCCAUGGCCUGGAUGUGGGUUUCCUGCAGCCAACCUCCUUGACAUUACUAUACCCUCUGGCGUCACCCUCCAACAGCACUGACGUCUAUUUGGAGCCCAUGGAGAUUGCCACCUUUCGCCUCCGCUUGGGCUAGGGCUUCUUGUGGCCUGAAGAGUGCAUUCAUCCACAGAGACUGCCUCUUAACGUAAGGUCGGGCUGGACAAGCCGCACUGGGUAUCCCAUCCCGAUCUACCUCUCAGAACUGUGACAGACUGGGCUCUGCCCUCAUUUUCUCUUUAUUGUUGCUUCUGUGUUUGGGGGCAACCCACAAGCCCAGUGCUGGGUGAUGGGGCAGAUGCUAGUGAGAUCAAGGAGAGAAGCUCUUGUCAGCGGGGGCGGUGCCAGCCUCCGCUUUGGGUUGUGAGUGGCCGCCCAUUUGGGCACAGGCUCAAGCACCCAUCCUUUUCCCAAAAUGGGAUGGAGGGGAAGCAGGGCAGAAGAGGUAAGGGAGGCUGAGUGGGUCAGGGUCGCUGCAGGUGAGAGCAGGCGCUAGGGGAAUCCUGUGGGUAUGUAGGUACUGCAUGUCCUGGUGUGACGAGCAGGAGCAGACUGACGGCUGGGAGGAGGGAAUGGGACCCAGAGUGAGCAGUGGGGUGGAGGAGUAGAAGGAAUUGCUGCUUUCUGUGAUGGCUGCACUCUAAGUGCUCCCUGGCCUGCACGCCCUGACGAGGGAUUGCAGUGUGGCAGGAAGGACUCACUUGAGACUGUGUCAUGGCCAGAGGUCAUAGGACACUUCAGGUACCAAAACCCCCACCUCACACUGGGCAUUUGGUCUGUGUGCUGAUUUGUGGGAUGAUGGCAGGGGCGGGGGGUCCUGCACCCUACCCGACUCCUCUUGGGUUCCUGUACUCUGUAUACCACUGUCCCCGGGAGCUCCUUCCUAUCCUGGGGGCCUUUGGUCUGGAAAACUUCCUUCCCCUGGAAAGAAAGUGAAGCCUGCAAGACCCCUUGUGCACGGGAAACUUGAGAGAGCUGCCGGCACCAUCCCUACAGUCAGGCCAUGAAGCUUCAUCUUUGGUACAUCCUUCUCCGGAAGUAUUCAUUUCCUGGCACAGGGAGCACGGCUAUGGAGAGUAAAUUGGGAGGCAGUAUAGCUGCUCAUCAGCUUUCAUUUCAGCUUCGAUUAAUAGAGAAGAAUUUAUGAUAGUCUCUAUAGACGCUGAAGCAAUAUUUGGUAAAAUUUAAAAUCUAGCCCUUAUUAAACCUCUUAGUAAGUUAAGAUUAGAAGGAAACAUGCUAAUCCAAACGUCUCUAUCAGAAACCAACAGUUAAUGGCAUUCUAAAGAGUCAGACACCACAGGCAUUAAAGUCAGAAGCUAGCCAAGCAAAGGCUAUUAUUUAGUGAUGUCCUGGCACCACUAACCCUUGAAGUACGGCAGAUGAGGGAGAUGAGGAAGAGUAGACAACGGAAUGGCCGACCUAUCAUAUCUAAGAGAAUCAACUGAGGACCUAUUAAGAACAUUCUGUGUGUCGACCCAAAUGAUACCUAUCAUGUUCCUGUAAAGAUUUUGGUUAUCCCCAAAUCAGCCCAUGAAUUCAAUGUAAUUCCAGUGAGAUUGGAUACUUUUUGGAAUCUGACAGGUUCUAAAGUUCAUUUGGAAGAGUAAAUGUGUGAGACUA